AUGAAGAAAGCAUACGCCCUCGCUAAAACCGUGCACCAUAGUAUCAAGCGUCCAUUUAAGAAAUUCACGAAUGAUGUUGUAGAAAUAUGGAUCCAAGAGGGUUUGUUACGCUGGGAGCGACGUCGCAUACCGUGUGAAGUUGACGAGUCGAUUUUGGAUAAGAGGACUCUUGAAACUAGGGAUGAGAAAGGAAGACUCUCAAAAUACGCAGAGGAGAUGAUUAGGGCGGGGGAGGACGAGAAUGGAGAGGGUGGGGAUGAUGACUCUCCAUCUUCAUUCUCGUCCUCACUUGCCUCCUCCUCCCCAUCUCAACGCUCCCUCGGCCGCUCAACGCGCGAAUCUCACCGCCGCCUCUCUCGAGCCCGGACAACCCACCACCCCCCCUCAAGCACCGACAGCUGGGCCCAAAAAUACUCUCCCAAACCCCCCAAACGCUUCUCCAUCUCCGUCUCCCUUUCCGCAAAUUCAAGUUCAAAUCCCCGACCCAAAUCUUCAUCUCACUCUCGUUCUCAUCCUCGCUCUCGCGCUCCCCCCUCUCCCCACCACGGCCAGUCCUCCGACUACGAUUCCGGAAUCGGCAUGUCCGAAGACGAUUUCAACCCCCACGAUGACGACGAUGCGCAAUCAAAUAUAUCCAAAUCAUCCAUCAACCCCGGCUCAUCCAUCUCGCAUUCCGAUCGUGCCUAUUCUUCUUCCCACUCCUCCCAUCGCGCCCACCCCAAAAAGGAUGUCUCGCCCCCUAUCUCCGUCGUCGAGGACCAGCUCGAACGAGAAGAGGCGAUCCGUCGUCGCAUCUUUGCAAAUAAGAAAGCUGAGUACAUGAAUUCUUCUUCAUCUUCUUCAUCUUCUUCUCAUCACCCCCCUCCUUCUUCUUCUUCAGGUUCAGGCUCACAAUCCCGAUCACGAGCACAAUCACGAAGAAGUCAAACCCCCACCCAAGCAUCCCACAUACCGCGUUCUAAUAACCCGUUUCGACUUUCGGUUGCGGGAGAGGCGAAGCCAGAUCCGUGGGUUGGGCGAUGA